AUGGCUACUCAUCGACCCUACGACUCAAAGCUUGGAAUAGUCACCGGAGGCUCAAGGGGCAUUGGUGCGGCGGUUGCUGAAAGACUGGCUGCUAAAGGCUGCAAUCUCCUCCUGGUCUACACUUCCGACUCAUCUACAGAACCGACAAAAAAGCUGUGCAGCGAGCUCUCAACCUCACACAAAAUCCAAUGCUCGUCAGUACAGGCCGACUUGGGCAUCCCUUCCGAAGCUGCGCCUAAGAUUAUCAAUGCUGCACGAUCUUUCCACGCCUCGUAUAGCUCAAACAAGCCUUUCCAGAUUGAAAUCCUCAUAAACAAUGCUGGCGUCUCCUCUAACCAGCACAUGAACGAUACUAAGCAAGGGGCAAUCCAAGAACUCGAGUUCCACCGCGUCUACAACGUCAAUGUUUUGGCACCCCUCCUCCUAACUCAAGCAGUUGCCCCGCAUCUUCCCGCCAACCGCGGGGGACGUAUCGUGAAUGUUUCCAGUGUUUCUUCGUCUAUCGGAUACCAGGGCCAAUCGGUCUAUGCCGGAAGUAAAGCAGCUCUGGAAGCCAUGACGCGGACCUGGAGCCGUGAGUUGGCUACUCGUGCUACCGUCAACGCUGUCAACCCUGGACCGGCUUGGGGAGACAUGUACGCAGCCGCCGGACAAACUUUUUGGGACAUUAACCAGCCUUAUGUUGAUGUAGCCCCGUUGGCUGAGUACAAUAGCGAGCCAGAGGUUCUGGCCAUGGCAGGGUCAGAUGCUGAGCGUUUCGAUCGUACAGUACGUGAGUCCAUGGGUAAUCGAAGACCAGGUUUUACAACUGAAAUCGCUGGCACCGUCGAUAUGUUAUGUUCGGAGGAAAGUGGCUGGACGACUGGGUCUGUCGUUUGUGCGAAUGGCGGGAUGAAGAUGUCAAUCGCUUAG